CUCAAGCCUGAGUCCCCUGUGUCGCCGUUGUCGUCGUUACCACCAGCAGACGGAAAUCGUGGGAAAAUCUUUGGGGUGUUUGUUGAAGAGAUGGGUAGUUAAUAGUUUUGCCUUUAUCUGUCUUGGGGAUCUACUGAAUGCGGAAAGCAUCCAUGGAUGCAGCCAAACGAAGGACUACCGCACGACGAACCUGUCAACUCUGACCUCUCGGAGAGAGAGAGGGGAAGAGGGUGAGGGGUUUUGGGUUUUUCUCUGUUUCUGAAUAGCACGGGCGUGAGGGGUUGGAGGAGGCGGCUUCGGAAGGAAGGGAUGGAGGGGGACGAGAUAGGCAUGGUCAUGUGCAGGGUCUCGGAGCUGCGCUCCAAGAUUACCGGCUGCAUCCACAAGGCCACCGCCGACUUCGAAGACGACGACGGAGAACAAUCAGCAGCGGGAAGUGAAGCAGAGGAAGAAGCGGGCGAAGAAGACAAGGAUUCUCGCUCCUUCGAGCGACUGUGCUCGGGCGAAGCCGAGGGAGAAGCCCAGAGCCUCUUUGGCAUCAGGGAUGCCCUCGAUUCCCUCGAAGAGCAACUCGCUUCCUUGCAGGCUCUUCAACAUCAGCAGCUAUAUGAAAGAGAAUCCACACUUGCUGAAAUUGAUCAGAGUCGUAAGAUUUUGCUUAAGAAACUUAAGGAGUACAAGGGGGAGAAUCUGGAAGUAAUACAAGAGGCCUCUGCCUUUGCUGGUGGAACUAUUGAGAAUGGAGGUGAUCUGUUUCUCCCUCCAUAUCCAAGCCGUCUAACUGAAUCUGUGAUUUAUGAGGGUAGGUACCGACCACGGCAUCCACCAUCUAACAUGCAAUUGGCCCAUCUUGUUGGGGGUAAGCACGAAAUCGAAACCAUAAUGAAUGGAUCACACAAGAAGCUGAACCAGCUGGCGCCUCCUGUGGGUGAGAAGAAAUCUCAAUCUGGUCUCAAAUCUGUCGUUGGGUGGGCAGCUAAAACAGUGAUUACAAUCGUUGGCAUUGUAUCUGUUCUUAGCCUUGCUGGAUUUGAACCAAGGAUCCGUAGGAGAAACGUGCAGUUUAAGACUCUAAAUCUGCUUUCAGGAGUGCCCGAUGCAGGGGAGAACAGUACGCCAGUCCAGUGUCCACCAGGCAAAGUUUUGGUGAUGGAAGAUGGUAUUCCAAGGUGCAUGGUAAAAGAACGCAUUGAAGUGCCAUUCAAACCAGUUCUGAAAGCACCAGAUGUAAGUUAUGGCUUUGGAGAAGGAAGGGGGAGAGAGGUAGCAGUACAGCUAGCCAUGGAUCUGUUGAGCCGAAGCACCGUCCUCACUGCUCCUCUCACCUCUGCUCGGUCUCGAACUUGCCAGCAGAGGAUACCAACCUCGUCAUCCGUCCCUGCUAUGAAGUUGCCUUCGUCGUCUUUCUCUUCUUUCUCCGGCGAAAAAUUGGAAACUUUCAGGCAAACCAUCACCUGCUCGCCAGUAACAAGGAGGAGGGCUAUCCCUGCAGGUGUGGUGGCAUUCUCAGAGGAGCAGGAGGCUUUGGUGGUGCAGUCGUGGGGCGUCAUGAAAAAGGAUGCGGCCGAGCUGGGAAUGAAGUUCUUUACAAAGAUAUUUGAGAUCGCGCCAUCUGCAAAGAAAAUGUUCUCCUUCCUUCGAGACUCCGACCUGCCACCUGAACAGAACCCGAAGCUCAAACCCCACGCCUUAUCUGUCUUUGCCAUGACUUGCGAAUCCGCAGUACAACUGCGGAAAGCAGGAAAAGUAACGGUGAGGGAGUCAAGCCUCAAGGAACUUGGCACCACACACUUCCGAUAUGGCGUCGUUGAUGAACACUUUGAUGUCGCUAAAUUUGCUCUGCUGGAGACGAUAAAGGAAGCCGUCCCGGAAAUGUGGACGCCAGAAAUGAAGGAUGCGUGGGCAGAGGCUUAUAAUGAGCUUGUUUCAGCCAUCAAAGCAGAGAUGAAACCUGCGUCUGAGUAAGCCUUUGCCCUUGUUAAGGGCAUCAUCUCAGGCAACACUGCUACUAGUCGAUUAUUUCUGUCAAAAAGGCCUUACGAUCAGGUCUUGCCACCGGACAUUCAUGUCCGAAGAAUUUUCCUUCCUAUGCUUGAGCUUGAUCACUGGGGCGCUAAAUCCCUUUUGUUUUAUUUCCAAUAAAUCGCCAUUCAUCA